AUGAAUGACAACUUGGACGUGAACGUGAAAAAAAAGUUGGAAGCAAAAGUGUGGUUGAAAGCCUUGGAUUCUGAUGGCCUCGUGUUUUACUGGGCCAAUUUGGAUCUCGCUACUGGGCAGUACAGAAACGGCGAUUUUGUAGCACUAGUGCUGAUUGCUUCACAGCCACACUUCUUCUGGAAUCUUGGCUCUGGAAUCGCUUAUACAAGGGCUGUGACAUCAGUUCAGGAUGGCAAGUUACACUCAAUUCGCUUCGUAAGACAUUUGCGUAAUGCCUCAAUUCAAGUUGACAGUGACCGUCCAUUUCACCAAAUGUCCCAGCCCGGUUAUAAUCAUUUGGAUGUGAAAGGCGCAAGCGCGUACGUCGGUGGUAUCCCAAACAAAACCGUCGUGCCAGCUGCGAUUCCUGAGCUCGCGAUACCAUUCCGAGGAAUCAUCAGUAGACUUGACAUCAAUGGGCGCAAUUUUUUUGAUCUAUUUAAGGUAAUUUUUUGCAUCUUUGCUAGAGACGCUUCAGCCUACACCUCUAAAAGAAGAAAUGGUGUUUUUUGA